UACGAUUGAAAGAUUUACAUAAUGCUCUACUGUACCUUGUCACCAUGGUUAUUGUUUGAGAUAAAAGCCCUGCCCUAUUUCCAUGUAUUCCAUUCCAACUCAUUCUCUCUUGGAGACCUCGACUCAUCUUUCUUGCCUUUGGUGCAACUGGAAUUAUGUUCGUUCUUCACAAGGUUGUUGGAGUGUCUACUCUCAUAUUCACCGUAGUUUCCAGUCAAUAUAUUUCUUUUAGCUCCAGUGCUUUGAACGCCAGGCUUAAUUCUUCCAGCCAAACACUUGCGUCCUUGAUUCCACAAGCGUUAACAACUUUCGAUUUCUCGCCUUUUGAUGUUCUUUCUCAAAGAAGCCAAAAUGGCAACUAUCAUGUUGGCGACAUCACACUCAGAUAUCGAGCUGUUGGAAAUAGUUCGUGGACCAGUGUCGAUUCCGCCGCCGAGAGGGCUGCGGUGGCUUCCACAGGCGCUACUUCCGCAAAUCUUGCACCAACGCUACCAUCAGGAAUUCCUUUAAGCAUCACACGAGCCUGGUCCACAAGUGGAGCGGACAUCAAUCUCAAUUUCACUAUAACCAAUCAUGCCACUAGCAGCAUUGAAAUCGGAGCACUUGGAUUUCCCAUUGAGUUCAAUAGCAUUUUUACGGACAGAACAGCAGUGGAUACGCAGAAAAUGUGUUCUCUAGUGGAUCCAAAUAUUGGUCUCGACGGUGGCUAUCUGCGUGUGACUCCGUUGUCAGGAACAGGGCCAGCACUGGUAGUGACACCGUUAGGGCAUACACCCCUUGAAGGUUGGCGAUUCUUAGCAGAAGACUCCAAUACGGCACUGUACUAUCAAAGCCAAACAUUCGAAGGGUUCUAUUCUUGGGAAACCUAUACUUUGGCAUAUACUCAAAAUGAGUGGAAGGGAACGAGUCCAUGGAAUCCAGGUACAUCGGUAGUCCUUGCUGCAGGUCAAUCAAUCACGAAAGGGUUGAGAUUUUCAGCUGCAAGCAGCAUCAGCAAUAUUGAAUCGACUGUGGCCAAUACAGGAACACCCGUUGCUAUUGGUGUUCCGGGAUACAUUAUUCCACAGGUAAACGACAGGUUCUUUUGUUUCGCAUUUUCCGAAGCCAAGAUCUGUUCUUGAAUACCCCAAUCUACUCGGGUGUUUCAUUCUGUGCAUUUUUUUUCACCCUAGUACAAUUCAUUGACCUGGAGUGAAGCCUUGGCCAAACAGUUUACUGACUCCUGAUAGGAUCUUGCAGCUCAAUUGUUCCUGCAACACACUUCAGCCGUCUCUUCCAUCACAUCAACUCCUGCUGGGGCUUUCAAGUUUUCAACGGCCGCCACAAAUAAGUAUACUCUCACACCUAGCUCAUCCGCCUGGGGAAGAGUUAGAGUAACAAUUAUAUAUGCUGAUGGCGUUGUACAAACGGUCAAUUAUGUUAUUACCCAGUCUGCACCUGGAGCUGUGUCUUCGUUGGGCAAAUUUUUGACAACAAAUCAGUGGCUUGAAAGUAGCAGUGAUCCUUUUGGUAGAGGACCAUCAGUUAUAUCUUAUGAUCGCUCAGUUAAUGCUCAAGUUCUGCAGGACCCCAGAGUCUGGAUUGCUGGAUUGAGUGAUGAAGCAGGAGCUGGUUCCUGGCUUACAGCGACAAUGAAACAAGCAAUCUCACCCAGCGCCGCAGAAGUAACCAAAUUGGAGGAAUUUGCUACAAAAACUUUAUGGGGCAACAUUCAGAACUCCAAUUAUACCGUCAAAAUGAGCGUCUUUUACUACCAGCCAGGUGCAGUUUCAUACAGUUAUUCAUCAUCAAUAGAUUGGGGGAAUUGGUGGAGCUGGAACAGGGACUCAGCUUACGGUACUGGAAGAACCUACGAUUAUGUUCAUGUGACGGCUGCUUAUUGGGCUCUCUAUCGUGUUGCUAGAUUCUACCCAAAAUUAGUGACGAAACAGAGCUGGCAAUGGUAUUUAAGUCAGGCCUAUGAAACCAUCAUCUAUGCGACAGGCCCAGAUACUGGGUACGUCGAUGUAGGGCUAAUGGGUGAAACAGUUUGGGGGUACGUUUUGCAAGAUUUGCAGAACGAAGGCAACAAGACUGCUGCGAAUGCUGUGAUCGCUGCAAUGAAGACAAGAGCAAAUUUGUGGAACAGUGAGGCUGUUCCUUUUGGAAGUGAGAUGGCUUGGGAUUCUACUGGGCAGGAAGGAGUUUACUAUUGGUCCAAGUAAGUCAGCUAUGAUUUGUUUCUGGAGAUUACUAAUAUAUCUUCGCUCUCAGCUACUUCGGUCUUACGACCACGGUGACGAAAACAAUUAACUCGAUCUUGGGAUAUAUGCCUGCAGUAAGCCAUUGGGCCUGGAAUGGUAACGCCAGAAGAUAUUGGGAUUUCAUGUAAGUCAACAGUACUCGGCAGUUUACACAAAUUGCAGCGAAAGCUAGAUGCGUACUAACGACCAUUAGUUAUGGUGGCAAACUGAUGCGAUUUGAGCGCAUGGGCCAUCACUAUGGAUCCGGCUUAAACGCACUUCCCUUACUAUCAUACUUCGAACAAAACCCCACUGAAACAUAUCUACUUCGAGUCGGUUAUGGUGGAACAAAUGGGCCAUUAUCCAAUAUCGACAGCGGGGGCUUUGCAUCAGCAGCAUUCCACACAUGGCCAGAUACCAUGGCUUGGGACGCAUACAGCGGAGACUACGGUCCAAAUUUCGUUGGUCUAGCCCUUGGCUCUGGAACUUACGUCGUUGAUGACACAACACUGGGCCUAGUUGCUUUUGGUGGCACACUCACCGGCUCUAGCACUUCAUGGAACGUAGUGCCAAAAGAUGCCGUGAGAAGAAAGGUCUUCAUUGCACAGUUGGGAUUCAGAUUCGAAGUCGAUGCUGGUGCUAUAGCAAGUGUGGCGUACACAAAUGGAGCUGUGAAACUUACUAUCGCACCAAGUGUCGCUACGGUUUCGACUAUGGCAAGUGCUGCUUCGACGAUUUUGAGGGUUACGAAAACCGCGCAGGUAGGCUCGGUAGGUAAGGCGGCUGUGUCAGGGUUGAAUGCUUUGAGGGGUGGAUGGGGUGUUGAUUUGAAGGAUGGAGAGACGGUUGUUUCGGUUACUUUUUCUUAGUAGUUGAGAUUCAGGGGCGAGUAUAGGUAGAAGUGGAAAAUCAACUGUUUAGUGAUGCGCAAUGUAUAUAUCAGCACCAGUGGCGAGCUUUGGCCCUUUAUUAUCACAGUCUAUAAUUCAAUAUACACUCUCCUUUUCAGACCACUAUUCAUAGCUUUCACUUAUAUUAGGUCCCUUCCU